UGAUAACGUUUCUUAAAAAGCAAGAUUCGAGCUUAUUUAGCUUCUUAACCGAGGCUUAUCGCGAUUCGUGAUUCAUUCCGUUCCUGACUCGAGUGAAAUGCAUACCUAUUUUGCAUUAUUUGCUGUGCUCAUUUUGGUUUUUGGCCACCCUGGGGCUUUCCAGUUUUUAGAGGAACCAUGUGGUGGUGGCUUAAAUACAAACAAAAUAGCCAAUGGAUAUAAUGCAGGAGAAGAGGCUGCUGCCUGGAUGGCAGCUAUAAGUAAUGCCACCCAUUUCCUAUGUGGCGGAACUCUGAUUCACAAACGCUUUGUUUUAACUGCUGCUCAUUGCAUAAAUCAUAAAAAUAUCCUGUUCGUGAAAUUAGGAGCUUACAGAAAAAGUCAACCUACGGCACAGUACGAUGUAGAAAAAAAAAUAGUUCACCAAUUACACAACGAAUUCAGUCGCGGCAAUGAUAUAGGCCUGCUUAAGCUUUCGGGCAGUGUUGUCUACAAUGAAUUUAUUUACCCAAUCUGCAUUAUUAUGAUGAAGACAAUUAAGAGUCUUGUAAGAGCUGCUCCGAAGUUUGCAGCAUUUGGCUGGGGCCAAAACGGCAAAGGCCAGGAAAACGAAAUACUUCAAACCAUUACCCUUAACAACUUAAAUCCAAACGAGUGCAACAAAACCUUGUAUGUGGUUGUCAGUUCGGAACAGAUAUGUGCUGGUGUCGAUAAUGGAGACACCUGUCUUGGCGAUUCCGGUGGUCCUUUGACCACCAGAGUCAAUGUUAAUAAGACCAAGUAUCGCGAAGUUCAGGUCGGCAUCGUGAGCUUUGGCAAUUCCGAUUGCAAUGGACCAGGAGUAUAUACCGACGUGACUAGCCAUAUGGACUGGAUACAGGAAACAAUAAACAAAGAAAUUGUUGAGGAGUCCAUACCCGAGGAACCCCUAAGGUUUGACAACGUUCAAGAUAUGUGGCUGUACAGGGAAUGCGGUGGUGAUACCAUUGCAUCGAACUUACGGGCCAACAUUUUUGGAACUACUUUCAGUACCCAGGGCGUGCUAAUCACAUCCCGUUUUGUCCUCACAAAUGCAAGGUACUUGCGGGAAAAUGUUGCUUCGCUAUAUGUAAUUGUAAUGGGAAUAGAGAGCUCCUAUGGUGAAUACGGAGUUGACGCAGUCUUUGAGCACCAAAAGUUUUCAGACGAAAAAUAUGAUAUUGCUUUGCUUAGACUUAGUCGAUCGGUGAGGCACACAGAAGGAUUAAAACCGAUAUGCAUGCUUUCGAACCUACAAAUCCAACAAAGGGGAGAACUUAAUUUGCCCUUGACUAUAUUUGACUAUGUGCGAAUUCAAGAACCCGUGAAAAUUUAUGCCGUUCUUGUUGAAUCUAUUGGUUUCCUCGAAUGUUCAAGAAUAAUCCAAAAAGAAGUCGAAACGGAUGAAAUUUGUGUGAAAACGGAAUCUCUCAGUCAUAGUCACCGAUUUGGAAAUCCUGGCGAUAUUUUGGGAAAAAGGAUUAUGGGCUCGGAAAAAGAAUGGUUCGUUUUGUUUGGUAUCGUAAGUUACUCACAUAAUGGUUGGCACGUUGUUACAAAUAUAAUGAGACACACAAAAUGGAUUGCAAACACCGUCGAUUUAAAUAAUUUGUCCAACUAAAAUUUCUUUCCAUAAAAUCUAAACAAUUUUAAGUCAGAGUUUCACACCCAGCCUAAUUAAAGAAAAGGCCUUGGAUUUUUUAAUGUACUUAACUUUAUUUAUAUGUACUAUGCGUAUAUUUAAUUUGAUUAAAUACAGUGACUAUGUUUCUUUGCACAUAUAAAAUAAAACAAUGCGAAAACAUUCUGAAUGCACGUACCUAACUGCAAAGUUUGCUUAAUAAUUUGUGUGAUUUGUGUGGCUUUGUUUUGUUUCUUGUUGUAAUUGCUUUAAUGUCUAUGCAAAAUAUUUACAAUUCACUAAGUUGUGGAAUUAUGCGUUGUGCGUUUUGUGGUAAAGCUGCGCACCUGGAAACGCCGCUGCAGCAGAGCUGCUUUAUGGCAAAAUCGAAACUAAAGAGAGGAGGAAACGAAAGUGCACAGAAAAAUAUUAGAUCGAUGUCCAUUGGAUCAAUUUUAGAUUAAUUUGAACUGUGAAUAAUUAAUUUGAUUUUAGCUAAAAUCAAUUUUUGUCAAACACUUAUAUUUUAAAAUAGUAUUAGAAUUUAGUUUAACAACAUUGAUUAUCGAUGUUUAUAUGAAAAAUAUUAAAUUAAACUGAAUUCUAAGUUCGAAAA